AUGAAGCUAUUCCUGUCCACUUUCGCCGCCACAGUGGCGUUCGCUCUCAACGAAGGUGCUCACGCACUUAAUGUCAAGAUACCCGGCGUUAUUUACACUGCGCGCAAUUCGAUGAAUCAAGACAACGACAGUGCCUACUGUAAAUCUGCGGCUGAAGUCGAGGAAGAUAUGAUCGCCUUGGCAAAUUCCGUGGAGAGGGUUCGAAUUACUUCUCUCACCGAUUGCAACCAGGCAGAGCUGGUACUACCAGCAGCCAAAAAGGCUAAAGUGUUCGUGAUGCUCGGCCUUUGGACAUCAAACAACCCCGACCAAUUUGCUGCAGAAAAGGCGAAAUUGGGCAGUCUAAUGGAUUCGGGACUGUAUGACAACAAUGUCAUUGCCGUUUGUGUGGGUAAUGAGGCAGUCCACCGUGGCGAAAUCCCUAUUGCGACUGCUAUCACGUACGUGAAUGAAACCCGCGACUUUAUUCGUGAACGUGGUCAUGAUACACAAGUUACUGUUGCUGAAACUCCCGACGUGCUCGAAAACAGCGGUGAUCUAAUGGAUGCAGUUGACUUCUUUGCUAUAAAUGUCGUCCCGGAUACCUAUAUCUUUGAUAGUAUGGUUUCGGUGCUUAAUCAAAUUCGCGCAUUACGUGGGUAUGCGCGAGGAAGGAAGAAAUUUAUUUCCCUCACGCAGACUGGUUGGAGCUCAGGCGGCAAUGGCUUUAAUGCAGGCGUUGCUCAUCCUCAAAAUCAAGCUAGGUACUUUGCUGAAUUGUAUCAGUUCACUACAUGGAUGGAUGUUCAGUUUUAUUGGUACCAAGCUUUUGUACCUAAAUGGGGAGAGCAACUUCCAGGACCUUACGAUCAAUGUGAAGAGGAUGUGUUACUUCCGCCAAUCCAAAUCCCAAUUGUACUUAUCUGA